AUGGGGCAGGCACAGCAAACAGAAAACGCUGAAGAAAUUGAUGUCAAAGCACUUCAGGAUAUGUAUAAAAAAUUUGUCACGGAAUGCCCGAGUGGACUACUUUUUCUUCAUGAAUUCAAGCGUUUCUUCGGAGUGGACCCAACAGGUGAAGCGUCGGAUUAUGCAGAGAACAUGUUUCGAGCUUUUGACAGUAAUAUGGACAAUACAAUAGAUUUCCUUGAGUUUGUGGCCGCACUUAAUCUUGUUUUUCGUGGAGACAUGGAGCAUAAACUGCGGUGGUCAUUCAAAGUGUACGACAGAGACAGCAACGGCUAUGUGGAUAAGGAUGAACUUCGGUCAAUCAUCAAUAGCAUCUAUCGUGUAAAAAAAGGCACAAAGACUGAAACAGAUGAGUCCAAUUUGACAGUAGAUGAUGCUGUGGAACGAAUAAUGCAGGCUGUUGAUAGUGAUGGAGAUGGUUGCAUUAAUAUGGAAGAGUUCAUUCGAGGAGCACAGCAAGAUCCAUGGGUGCUCAAUAUGUUGAAAUUGGAUAUAAAUCCUGCACUAUGGGUUGAUGAGCAGAGGCGAAAAAGUGCAAGCUUUUGA